AUGAAGGAUGACCUUCACGCAACGAUCACCGUCUUUGCGACGCUCCAAUUUGUUCUUCUCGUUCUUCAGACAACAAACAAUGGCUCGCGCGUUGAUGGCUUCGCCGUGUCAGCGUCAGCUCUCGCUUUCGUCGCAGCCUUGUUCAUGCUGGGCCUGUCUUACGCCGAGCACUCAAGAGCCCCGAGGCCGUCGAUCUUGUUGACAGCCUACGUGUUCCUCCAAAUUCUGUUCGACAUCGCUCAAACUCGAACGUCCUGGCUGAUGGCCAGGACAUUCUCAACCCAACUCUUCGCCAGGCUCUUCACCGCGUCGCUGGUUGUGAAGAUUGUGAUCCUCCUCAUCGAGGCACAGAGAAAGACGCGAUGGAUCCGGUGGACGGCAAGCGAGCACAGCCCUGAGGAAACGAGCGGCCUCUUCAGUCUUGGAGUAUACUGGUGGCUCAAUCGCCUCUUCCUUCACGGAUACCGCAACGUCCUCUCAGUCCGCGACUUGUACUCCCUCGACCAAGGCAUGAUUGCCGAGACGAUGCAAAUCACCCUGGACCAGGAGCUGGAGAAAGGCACCUAUCGCGGUCAGAAAUAUGGUCUUGCGAGGGCUCUCGGCAAGGCUCUUGCAGUCCCGCUACUUCUUCCAGUCGCGCCGAGAAUCGCAUUGAUCGGAUUCAACUUCAGCCAGCCCUUCUUCAUCCAGACCCUGCUGGAAUACCUGCAGGACCCCGAGGCGCCGAAAAGCACUGGAUAUGGCCUCAUCGGUGCCGCUGUCAUGAUCUACACUGGUAUCGCCGUCUCAACUGCGCUGUACAACUACUUCUCACAACGGUCUCUUUACAUGUCGCGCGGCUGCUUGUCAGCGGUCAUCUACAAGAAGACGACCGAGGCCGACAUCACCGCUGCCGGGGAUGCUGCCGCGGUGACGCUGAUGAGCACCGACACCGAGCGCAUUAUCCGCGGCUUCUACGGGCUCCAUGAAUUUUGGGCCAAUCUUAUUGAAGUUGCCCUCGGCUGCUGGCUGUUGGAGCGCCAGCUGGGUAUCUCGUUUCUCGCGCCUAUUGUCGUCAUUCUGGUCUGCACGGGUGUGACGGUCCUUGUCGCCCAAGUGACUGGUGAGCGCCAGGCUCGAUGGAUGGCACAGAUUCAAAAACGCGUUGGUCUCACCGCCAACGUCAUUUCCAACAUGAAGUACUUGCGCAUCUCGGGCAUCACAUCGCCUGUCGCCGAAUUCGUACAGAAGAUGCGUGUCGAAGAGAUCCACUACGGUACCCAGUUCCGAUGGAUGCUCAUCAUCACUGCUCUCGCGGCGCUCGCACCGAAUAUGAUUUCCCCGGCAAUUACUUUUGCUUUCGCCGCCUCGCGCUUGGAUACCACCACAAUCUUCACAUCAUUCUCGUUCUUGGUCCUCCUCAAUGCACCGCUGGGCCAGCUUUUCCAGAUGGUCCCUGCCGUCGUCGCCGGCUUCACCUGUCUCGACCGCAUCCAGAAGUUCCUCGAAGCGGACUCUCGUGUUGACUUCCGCCAGUCUUCCCGCCCGUCGAUAGACCGAUCAUCCGGAGACACCACGUUUGGAGACGACACGGAGGGCAUCCCUUUGAGCCCCGUUGGUAAGGACAGACGGCAGAGCUCCGAGAGUAAGGGUUCGACCCCGUCCAUCUACAUCGUGGACGGCAGCUUUGGGUGGACUUCGGACAAGAUGGUACUUCGCGACAUCACAGCCACGAUCCCGUCAUCUCAGCUUACCAUCGUCGUCGGCCCCGUUGCAUCUGGCAAGUCUACCCUCUGCAAAGUUCUCCUCGGAGAGGUGCCGCACAGCAGUGGUCUCGUCUCUGUGCCCUCACGGAACGCAGCUAUCGGAUACUGCGAGCAAACUCCAUUCCUAUCCAACGGAUCCGUCAAGGACAAUAUCGUCGGCUAUUCCACAUUCAAACAAGCGAGAUAUGACGAGAUCAUUGAAGCGUGCAUGCUGCAGACUGAUCUUCUCCUACUCCCCUAUGGCGACGACACGAAGAUUGGAAGCAAUGGCAUCAUGCUCAGUGGCGGACAAAAGCAGCGCGUCUCUCUUGCUCGCGCUCUUUAUCUCAACUGCGAUCUCAUGAUCUUCGACGACAUCCUCAGUGGCCUCGACAAUGAUACCGCCGGCGAAGUCUUCCGCCGCGUUUUCGGACUGGACGGCAUCAUUCGCCGCCGCCGAGCCACGGCUGUUCUGUGCACGCAUGCUGUCAAGUAUCUUCCCCUGGCCGACCACAUCAUUGCUCUCGGCGCAGAUGGCACGAUGGUCGAAGAGGGCACAUUCUCUGAUCUGAUGAAGGACAAGAAGUACGUUGCCAGUCUUGGCGUCACCGGCACAGACUCCGACACGGAGUCCGUCUCCAGCGACAUCCCCGCCGAUCAAGAAAAAGCAGCGUCGUCCUCGAAACCCAAGCGCCCGCUAGCUGUCGCUGCAGAGUUGAUGGAGAAGUCGAGACAGACCGGAGACUUCAAGGUCUAUGUCCACUACUUCAGGAGUCUCAAUCUUUACGCCGUCACCAUCUUUGUCGUAGGCUGCGCUUUUUACUCCCUCUGGAACACUUUCCCCACGAUCUGGAUGAAGUUUUGGACGGAAGACACUCUCCACAAGAGCAGCGCUUACUACGCUGGCUUGUUCGGUUUCUUCAAGGUUCUGCAGCUUCUUUCGCUCUUGGUUGCCGGUGUUGCCCAAAUCAUCUGGAUGACCUCCUCCUCAGGCACUAUCCUCCAUCAACAGGCUCUACAUACGGUCAUCCACGCUCCACUCAGCUUCUUUACCAACACGGACUCUGGCGUCGUCACCAACCUCUUCUCGCAGGAUAUGACCCUCAUUGACAACGAGCUGCCCAACGCCCUCCUCAAUGCGGUUAUCUCCGGCUUUGAUGCAGUGGCGAUGGGAGCAGUUAUUGCGGUCGCGUCGCCGUACAUGUCUAUCAGCUACCCAUUCGUCAUCGGGCUUUGCUGGAUCAUCCAAAAGUUCUAUCUGAGGACUUCGCGGCAGCUUCGUCUACUGGAUCUAGAGUCCAAGAGUCCACUUUACACCCACUUCCUCGACACCAUCAAGGGAGUUGCCACAAUCCGCGCCUUCGGUUGGACAGGUAGGGAUAUUGCACACAACCAGUACCUCCUCGACACCUCCCAACGUCCGGCGUACCUCCUUGCGAUGAUUCAGCAGUGGCUUGUCGUGGCGAUGCAUCUCAUGGUCGCGUGCAUCGCCGUCGUUCUCGUCGCCCUGGCUACUCAACUGAGGGCAAACUCUGGCUUCACUGGCGCUUCCCUGGUCACGCUCAUGUCGUGGGGCGAGACCAUCGCUUACCUCAUUCGUUUCUACACCCAAUUGGAAACCUCCAUUGGCGCCGUCGCUCGUAUCAAGACAUUUUCUGAAAGGGUUAAGCCUGAGAGUCUUGAGGGUGAGGACAUUGAGCCCCCUGAGGAGUGGCCGGAGAAUGGCAGCAUCGAGCUAAAGGGCGUCUCAGCGUCGUAUAACAAUGACCAAGGGAAGACUCUCGAUGGCGACAGCACCCCACCAAGCCUAGCCCUCAAAGACCUCACCUUCUCCAUCCAACCUGGUCAAAAGGUCGCCCUCUGCGGCCGCACAGGAAGGCAAGUCAACUGA